AUGGAGGCCCGUCUAAGCACGUACAAGGCAGGACACGGCCCGGAUGAGCUGUUUAGCGAGAACCUAGACCAAUUCUGGCACACAGACGGAAACCUGCCGCAUUAUAUAGAGAUAGAGUUUCCCGUGGUGAUGAAGCUCGUGGAGAUACGCAUGAACUUGGGAUACACGCAAGAUAAGAGCUACAUCCCGAAAGAGAUCGAAAUACGCUGUGGGAAAACAAGAGACGGAAUUGGCUCGCUUAAAACAGUCAUGAUAAGCGAUAAAAUGCCUGUUGUAGGGAUCCCUGUGAAUGAAGAGUGCUGCUUUCUCCAGAUGAUCAUUCUAAGCAACCACCAGGAGGGCAGGGACUCGCGCAUACGCGGGCUGUCCCUUACAUUUCUAGAUUGA